CCUGUCUUUUUCUCUCUCUCCCCAUCUCACUCUGUCUCUCUGUCUCUCUUCCUCUCUUUCUCCCUGUCUCUUUCUCUCUCUCGCCAUCUCACUCUCUGUCUCUCAGUCUGUCUUCCUCUCUCUCUCUCUCUGUCUCCCUCCCUUUCUCCCUCUCACUCUCUCUCUCCCUGUCUCUUUCUCGCUCUCUCCCUGUCACUCUGUGUCUGUCUCUCUCUCUCUCUCUCUCUCUCUGUGGCAAUCUCUCCCCGCCUCCACUCUGUCUGUCUUCUCUCUCUCUCUCUAUCUUUCUCCCUCCCACCCUCUGUCUCUCCCUUCCUCUCUCUCUCUCUCUCUCACGUGAGCUGUGUGCUUUUGUGAAACCUCGGCAACUUUACCCGAUGUAACUGGGAUCUGGAAUGCACUUCCCUGGGAAUGUGGUGGGGACAGGUUCUAUGGAGACAUUGGAGAGUGUGUGAAUUGGCCAGACAUGGAAGGAGGUGCAGAGAACAUGAGAGAUUGGAGCCUGGUUUCCCCAGCACUGUUACCAGUCUCUCCAGGGAUUUCAGUUCUCCUGGGUAGUUCCAUCUGGCACUGCCAAUGCUAGGGAAGAGCAGGAAGAGAGUUAUUUUGCUUUUGCUACAUCCAGCCCCCAUGCAGGAUCAGCAGCCAGUGGAAAUUCCCCUACCGGUCAUUUCAUACUUUAUUGGAGAGUCAGAGCCCAAGCUUUGUCAGACAUUAAUGCCUCAGCUCAGGGGCUGAGCGCCUUCAUCUCCCUGCAGCAGAAAUGAGCAGCUUCUGGCUUAUAAACUACAAGGUGGCCACUGUCUCCUUUCUUCUUGCCAACGUGGUAUUACUACAGUCUGGCCUGGCAGCAAAGUCAGAGGUGGAUCUCAGCAGCUGCUGCCCCCAGGCCCGUCGCUAUGAGGUCAAGCCUGGACACUUCAAUCGUUUCCACAAGUGUUACCGAACAGUGAGCGUUUGCGGGACGCUGCAAGAGGCUGUCGUAUUCUACCCGAAACGAGGAGGCACCUCGUGUGUGGACCCGCGGCAGGGCUGGACCAAGCGGCUGAAGGACAGGAUCGACGUUUACCUCCAGAGGAACACGUUGGAUGCGGCGAACAUCGGAUGCUCCAAACCGAACCGCCAGCCCGAGGGCUCUACCCCUGGCAGGCGCAGAGAAGGCGCGGUCUCCGACGGGGAGGAGGUGGGCAGCAGGACUUCAGGCCGAACGUUGGAUGCUCGUGUUCCUACUGCCAGUCCCCAAAAGGGGGGCAAUGCCAGUCUUCCGGGAGAUGGCACAGUUCCGGUGGUGACGGGGGAAUGGGACCCUGCCCUGAGCUCCCCCUGGGCACCAGCAGCUUCCCUGAACGGAGCUGGGAUGGUCAUCCCCCAGGAAACAGCAGGGCAACGCACAGCAUCAUCCCAUGGGCAAGAUGCUCGUGUUCCUACUGCCAGUCCCCAAAGGGGGGGCAAUGCCAAUCUUCCGGGAGAUGGCACUGUUCCGGUGGUGACCGGGGAAUGGGACCCUGCCUCGAGCUCCCCCUGGACACCAGCAGCUUCCCCGAACGGAGCUGGGACGGUCAUCCCCCAGGAAACAGCAGGGAAACGCACAGCAUCAUCCCAUGGGCAAGAUGGUCGUGGACCUACUGCCAGUCCCCAAAGGGGGGGCAACGCCAGUCUUCCGGGAGAUGGCGCUGUUCCGGUGGUGACCGGGGAAUGGGACCCUGCCCCGAGCUCCCCCUGGGCACCAGCAGCUUCCCCGAAUGGAGCUGGGACGGUCAUCCCCCAGGAAACAGCAGGGCAACGCACAGCAUCAUCCCAUGGGCAAGAUGGUCAUGGACCUACUGCCAGUCCCCAAAUGGGGGGCAAUGCCAGUCUUCCGGGAGAUGGCGCUGUUCCGGUGGUGACCGGGGAAUGGGACCCUGCCCCGAGCUCCCCCUGGGCACCAGCAGCUUCCCCGAACGGAGCUGGGACGGUCAUCCCCCAGGAAACAGCAGGGAAACGCACAGCAUCAUCCCAUGGGCAAGAUGGUCCUGGACCUACUGCCAGUCCCCAAAUGGGGGGCAAUGCCAGUCUUCCGGGAGAUGGCACUGUUCCGGUGGUGACCGGGGAAUGGGAUCCUGCCUCGAGCUCCCCCUGGGCACCAGCAGCUUCCCCGAACGGAGCUGGGACGGUCAUCCCCCAGGAAACAGCAGGGAAACGCACAGCAUCAUCCCAUGGGCAAGAUGCUCGUGUUCCUACUGCCAGUCCCCAAAGGGGGGGCAAUGCCAGUCUUCCGGGAGUUGACGCUGUUCCGGUAGUGACUGGGGAAUGGGACCCUGCCCUGAGCUCCCCCUGGGCACCAGCAGCUUCCCCGAACGGAGCUGGGACGGUCAUCCCCCAGGAAACAGCGAGGAAACGCACAGCAUCAUCCCAUGGGCAAGAUGCUCGUGUUCCUACUGCCAGUCCCCAAAGGGGGGGCAAUGCCAGUCUUCCGGGAGAUGGCGCUGUUCCGGUGGUGACCGGGGAAUGGGACCCUGCCCCGACCUCCCCCUGGGCACCAGCAGCUUCCCCGAACGGAGCUGGGACGGUCAUCCCCCAGGAAACAGCAGGGAAACGCACAGCAUCAUCCCAUGGGCAAGAUGCUCGUGUUCCCACUGCCAGUCCCCAAAGGGGGGGCAAUGCCAGUCUUCCGGGUGUUGACGCUGUUCCGGUGGUGACCGGGGAAUGGGACCCUGCCUCGAGCUCCCCCUGGGCACCAGCAGCUUCCCCGAACGGAGCUGGGACGGUCAUCCCCCAGGAAACAGCAGGGAAACGCGCAGCAUCAUCCCAUGGGCAAGGGUCCGAAGUUAACUGCACUAAUGCCCACACCGUGUGUUCGCGCCUGGCCUCUGUGCCCUCGAGAGGAGUUAACGCAGCGCCAGGGCUCCAGAAUGGCAAGGAUGCAACGGCAGUGGGCAGGCAGGGAGGGGAGGAGUGGUCAAGGCGUAAGCUGGGGACGGGUCAGAUGGUUGUAUUGACCCUCAUACCCGUCGUCCUAGCCCUGGUCUCCAUCAUUGCCUACGUGGUCUGCAAGAGGAGCAGACGAAACGAUGCAAAGUACCAAAUGACUUUAGCGGACGAAGUGGAAGGAAUCAAUGACACUCUGUAGCAGCUCAAGAAUUCCAGCUGCUCCCACUGCUCUUUCUAAUGCUCACUUUUCCAAA